AUGGCACUGCGCCGCGUUUCGAUGUGCACCUUCCUCACUUGCUUCGCGGCGCUCACCGUCGAGCGGGCGCGGGCGCUGCUGCGCCGCGGCGCUGACCCACUCGCCGGCGCGCCUUCUGCCCUCGAGCGGGCGCGCCUACUCUGCUCGUGGAGCGAGUCGGGUCCGACCGCUGCGGCAGUCGGUUCCACCGUCACGAUCCACUCUCUCGUCACGCGGCCCUCGAUGAACGGCAAGGUCGGCGUCGUCGUCUCCGCAAACGCUUCGACCGCCCGCUUCGGCGUGCGCGUGGCGGGCGAGGCCAAGGCACUCGCACUGAGGCGCGCACUGAAAUGGCCGGCCAACCUGCAGCCAGCGGCCGAGGCGGUGGAGGUGGGCAGGCUGAUCCUCAAGGCGGCGGAGUGGUCGCCGCAGUCGCACGAGCUCUUCCCGGAGGCGGCUCGCAAGCAGGCGGUCGAGGUGAUGCGGCUGGGCUACCUGAUCGCCUGGGACGAGGAGCGCUUCGACAGCCGCGAGGGAGCGGCUCCAGAGCUGGCGGACAUCUGGCGCAGCUUUGUGCUGCCAAAGGUGGUGGAAGCCGUCGCCCGCGCCUUGUCUGUCGUGUGA